CCUAGGUGCAAGUGCAUGCAAUGGCAUCAAUACUAGACACAAAAUCUGUAGUUGUUACCUUGUUCAUAUUUUUGUGGACAUGCACAUCUCGUGCUACAUCCCGGGCACUCUCUGAACCUUCCAUUGCUGCACUGCAUGCAGACUGGGCUGCCCUGCAUGGCCGUGUUUAUGCUAAUAGCGCUGAGAAGGACAGACGGCAACAGAUAUUCAAGGACAACUUGGAGUUCAUACACAAACACAACAACCAAGGAAACAAGAGCUACACUUUAGGCCUAAACCUUUUUGCUGAUUUAACUAACCACGAAUUCCUCGCGUCUCACACAGGAGCUCUUUAUAACCCACACACUCUACCACCACCAUCCUCCAACAUCAACCAUAGUCUCUCUGACAUUUCGUUAAGCUUGGAUUGGAGAAAGAAAGGAGCCGUUAACAAAAUUAAGUUCCAGGGCCAGUGUGGGAGUUGCUGGGCAUUUUCAGCCGUGGCCACCGUUGAGGGGAUUAACCAAAUAAAAACCGGAAACUUGAUUUCGUUGUCUGAGCAACAAUUGGUGGAUUGUGCCAGCUAUCACGGAUGCCAAGGAGAAUCCUUGGAAAACGCCUUUGGGUAUAUAAAAAGCACGGGUCUUGGAACUGAUGAACAAUACCCUUACAAGGAAACAACUCAGACUUGUCAUUCUGUGAAUCCUGCAGUCAGGAUUCUAGGUUUCCAGAUGGUGCCUCCGCAGAGGGAGGACCAACUUCUUCAGGCAGUGAACAACCAACCUGUCUCAGUAAUCCUUGAUGCUUCUGGACAAGCAUUUCAGUUUUACAGGGGAGGAGUUUUCUCUGGUAAUUGUGGAACUCAACUUAACCAUGCAGUUACUGCAAUCGGGUAUGAUGAGGACGCAAGUGGCAAGUACUGGUUGAUAAGAAAUUCCUGGGGCCAAGGAUGGGGAGAGGAAGGUUACAUGAAGAUUCGCAGGGACACCGGCUCCCCCCAAGGUCUCUGCGGCAUCAACAUGCAUGCCACUUAUCCCCUACUCUGACUAUUCUAUGCUCAUUCCUUCUAUACGCACCUAUCAUCACCAUGCUCUUUUCUCUUUUCUUAUUCACUUAUUUAAGCUACAAUUAUGUACCAUGCUCUACAUGUGUUCACCACAGAUCUAGCUAUCUGUGUGUCAAUAAUUCUCGUUCACUUUUGUUUUAUUAUUCAUCACCAGUACCAUUUAUAGAUCCA